AUGAAAUGUAAAUCGAAGAAAGCGCUCAAAUGCUUCAUGCAAAAAGGAUGGGACAUCAAUGAACGUAUAAGUGACCUUGAUCCCCCCGUUCUAAACUAUGCAAUCUACGAGGAAGAGAUGACGAACUGGCUUCUAGACCAUGGAGCAAAUCCCAAUCAACGAUGUGAUAUUAACUGUACUCCGCUAUCUUAUGCUGUCCAGCUAGCUCUUAUAAACAUCAUCGAGCUCAUGCUAAGCCGCGGAGGUGAUGUACAACAGGGACAGCUCCUUCAAUAUGCCAUUUAUCGGCGGACAAAUCUCAAUGAAGUGUUGGCGCUACUUAUUGAUAAAGGUGCCCCUUUGAACGUCCCAAUGUAUCAGGAUUAUCCAACCUUUAGGCGGUUCUAUCCUGUGAGUUUGGGAACCCCUUUACACAUAGCAACAGAGCUUGGGAAACUGGAUGCAAUAAGGUUCUUGCUCGGUCGAGGAGCGGAUACUAACAUCGAGGAUGGAAAUGGUUGUACAGUCAUUGAGUGGGCAAGAAAUUUGAAUCAAACGGAAAUUGCGAGGCUAUUGGAGAAUGGACAUUAG